AUGCGUUCUGCACAUCUGCGCCUUCCGGCGAUUCUCGCCGUGGUAUUCUGCUUCGGUGAACAAGCUCUUGCGCAAGUCAAACUCGGCACAGCAGCACCAUUUGGUAUUCUCGGAAGCACCGCCAUCACCAACACGGGUGCUACUGUCAUUACGGGUAAACUUGCCAUAUCCCCAAACACCGCAAGCUCCAUCACUGGAUUUCCACCUGGAAUAGCAAGUGGCCAGAAUGCUGGCGACGGCGUCGCGCUUCAAGCUCGUAACGACGCCAACACUGCUUACCUUGCUGCCGCUGGCCAAACAUCCACGUCCACAAUCACUGGGGGUCAGCUUGGCGGACAAACGCUCGUUGCUGGGACUUACACCGCCGCUGCUGCCGUUGGCUUGACUGGUACGCUCACACUUGACGGCGGAAACAACCCGGAUUCGCUCUUCGUCUUCCAGAUCGGAUCUACUCUCACCACCGCGACCUCAGCUCAAGUUGUACUCAUCAAUGGCGCGCAAGCAUGCAACGUUUUCUGGCAGGUCGGCGUUUCGGCCACGCUUGGCACGACAACUACCUUCGUUGGUAACAUCCUCGCUUAUACCUCCAUUUCGCUUAACAAUGGUGUCACUGUCGCCGGUGGGUUGUAUGCGCUCAACGGCGCUGUUACGCUCAACAAUGACCAGGUCACCAUUCAGACGUGUGCCAUAACAACGACCACAUCUGCGGUCGUUCCCCCGGUUACAUCGAGUACAACAGUACCAGCUGGUGGAGAUGACACGACCACAACUGUACCAGGAGAUGACAAUCCAGCACCAACGGACGAUACUCCAAUACCGGGGGGCGACACCCCAGGAGGAAACAACCCAGGAGGGAACAACCCAGGAGGGAACAACCCAGGAGGGAACAACCCUGGAGGUGGCACACUUACACGGACUAACACUCAACCAACCAUGACGUUUCCAGGGCCAGGACAAACUACGUCUACACCUUCGCCUCAAACUGCGUAUGCCACGAUUCCAAUGUCGUCCAAACCAUUAACUACAUUGUCUUCAGUGGGUUACUACGUCCAGUCACAAUCUUCCGUGAAUGUUACACUACCAGUCGCUUCAUGGACCACCCCAGGCUAUGUAGUGGCGUCACAACCAUUGAUAACGCCGAGCACACAAAACUCAGUUACGACUAUCAAUGCAAGCGCUACGGCUAGCAUUACUGUCGUCGGUGGUGUGCCUUGCACAGCUUCAAAGUACUACGAGCCUGCCUGCGAUUGUGUCAAGACUGCCGCGGUGCCGGUCCGACUUGCAAGCCUUGGGGAGAUUCUAACAGCUACGAAAACCUCGAGUUCGGCGGUCUGCAAGCAGACGGCGCAAUAUCUGGAAGUGUGCAAGUUGCCUUGUCCCGUACUACGACCCAACCCGACUACGGGAACCUUACGCUACGAUUGCUAA